GAAAGCGAAUGUCGUGUGCGCCUCUAUAAACAUCCUUUGCUGCAAUCAGCCUCUACCCCGUACUACAUUCCAGCAGCCCAGCUCUGGCAGCCAUCUUGUUUCGACUGAUCUAGCUUGACCACUUUCUCACAAGCUACACACGAAGAUGGCCGACGAGGAGACUGUCGAGACCCCACAAGAGGAGGAGGGAGAGUCUGCCGCCAGCAGCAAGCCAGUGCAGGAGGAAAUCCCUUCCGAUCCCGAGGAGGCAAAAAGAGCAAUGGAGGAGGCCAAGCAGGCUCGCCUGGAGAAGCAGCGGCAGGAGCUGGCGGAGUACGAGGAGAUGCGGCGCGCCGAGCGAGAGAAGGAGUACGCCGAGAUCGCCGCCCUGAAAGAAAAGAGGGUACAACGUGCCAAGGAGAGAGAAGAGGAAGAGAAGAAGUGGGCCGUGCUGAGGUCACAAGAGGAGGCCAGAAGGAAGGCUGAUGAUGAGGAGAGACGCCGCAAGAAGCAGGAGGAGGAGAAGCGCAACAAGGAGGACAGGGACCGCAAGAAGCGAGAGGCGGAGGAGAGGCUCAACAAGCCCAAGGGCCCUAACUUCGUCAUCACCAAGCGCAGUGAUGCUGAGAAGGUGCAUGGCGGUGAACUCGUUCGAGGGCUGGACAGCGUCAUGAGCAAGGAGGAGCUGCAGAAGUCCAAGGAACAGCUGGAGGAGGAGAAGCGCGCCAUCUUGUCCCAGCGCAUCCAGCCGCUGACCCUGGAGGGCAUGGAUGCCAGCAAACUGCUGGAGAAGGCCCGCGAGCUGCAGGAGCACAUCCGCCGCCUGGAGGGCGACAAGUACGACCUGGAGCAGCGCUACAAACGUCAGCAGUACGACAUGAUUGAACUAGCGGAGAGAGCCAGGCAAAUGAACAAAGGCAAAGGCAAGAGGGGCGUGUCUGCAGUGCAGGUGGAUGAAUCCUUUGACCGCCUGGCAGAUAAAUUCACCGGCGCUCCACCCAAGAUCCAGCUGUGCAGCAAGUACGAGCGACACACAGACCACAGGACCUACGUGGAGCGCAAAGUCCUUUUCGAGGACCUGGCCAAGGAGCCCCCGCCACCCGAGAUCCAGCACGUGCGGCCAGUGAGCGAGGGUGGGGAGCAGGAGGAGGCGGCGGUGGCGGCGGAGGCAGAAUAAAGCUUCAGCUCGCCUCCCUGUCGACAGAUGCUGCUGCCCAGUGUUGCCUGAUCGGUCACGUGUCGUCUAUUUAUUCUUCAUGCGCCUGUGGCCUGCUGAAGUGGUCGGAGGCCUAGUCUCGCUGGUUCUCUGCUUAUCCUUCCGUUGACAAAAUAAUUAAUCUUGCGUCUCCUCAGACGAUCCACUACACUUUCCAAAAACAAUUUUUUUUUCACUGGACCUCAGAUAGCCAACAGCCUGUCUUGUCGGUAUGACGUCAUCUUGGACCACUCAUUGCCAUUGGUCGAUUAGAGCCGUUGAGGCACUCCCUCCUUGCAUUCUUCUGGUCACUAGAGUAAGAAAGCGUUCAAAUUUCCGUAGAUUAAUUUCCUUCGGCUUUUGGAUCCACCCGACUUGUUUACAUGAUGCUGUGAUUCUUUCGUGUUCCUGUUCUCUGCUCGGUUCUUACUAGAAGAAAACUUCCUGUUCAUUUACCAUAUGUGAGCUCUUCACGGGUGUGAACAAUGGCUGUGUUCACUGAUACUUGUAUUAAUUUAUUUGGGGGUGAGUUAAUACAACUAUCCACACAACACAACCUAGAGAGAGAGAAGGCUACCAAAAUUGUACACUUGGUCUUUUUCGACACCGGGUUAGGCCUGUCCUCUGGCUGACAAGAACAAAAACCAAAAACCUUACAAAACAACUCACAAUCUGCUAGUUUUGCCUCGUGGACUAACAUCCUCUGUAGACUCAUGUAUGCAAACCAUUGUCUCAUAGUGUAUAUAUAUAUUACAGAAAUUAAUACUGCUAUCAACAACUACGAUUUGAGAGAUUUGGAGAUGGUGUGAUAUUCCUAUAGAAAUCCCAUAUUCUCGGCAAACCCUGAGGGUUUUUCUUGCAAUAAAGGACUCUUGUCAUGGUUUGCUGGCAAA